CCAUUUCUUUGAUUAACCAAACAGAAUUAUCCCCACCGAAUAGAGAAAAAGGAGAAAGUUUAUGAGUCAAUUUUAGUAUCUAGGGUUACUCCCAAAAUCUCUCUCUUGAUUGGAAUCGAUUCAAUCAGAAUUUGGAUUCAACGAGGCUCUGAAAAUCUCUGUUGUUAGUAGUAGUAAUUCCAAAAUUAAUUUACAAGAAAAUAAUUAAAAAUGGUGACGGCGAACAAGGAAAUGGUUGUUUACUGUUUCGACACACUCGUUGCUCAUUAUAAUGGUGACCAACCUCCCACUCCUUCCUUCGACGAUGGUCAACACCCAUUGUUUGUUACUUGGAAGAAAGUGGUAAAUGGAGGAGAGCCUCGUCUUCGUGGAUGCAUUGGUUCUCUAGAAGCACGUGGCUUGAUCAAUGGCUUCAGAGAUUAUGCGCUGACUAGCGCUCUCAGAGACCGCAGGUUUCCACCUAUUGAGGCCAGAGAGCUUCCUCUUUUGGAGUGCACUGUCUCUAUUCUUACUGACUAUGAAACAGCUAAUGAUUACCUUGAUUGGGAGGUAGGAAAACAUGGUAUAAUUAUUGAAUUUUCUGAUCCUGACUAUAACACCAGGCGAAGUGCCACAUACCUGCCUGAAGUGGCUGCUCAUGAAGGUUGGACUCCACUAGAGGCCAUUGAUUCUUUAAUACGUAAAGCAGGCUGCAACAGUAGAAUCACCGAUUCACUCAGGAAAAGCAUAAAGCUAACGAGAUACCAAAGCACCUUAUUUACUAUGCACUAUGGUGAAUAUUUUUCAUACGUGAAAGAGACAAGAGGUGAAGCUCCAUCCAUCGUUGGAGUUAAGUUGCCUGGCUAGUCAUUUUUCCAGACAAUUUCUAAUGCUUGCAUACUUACUUUAAUGGCAAAAGAAGGAAUAGAAUUUCCAAAAGAAAAAGAACAUGCGAAUUUGUUUUCUUAACUAAACUACUGUCUGUGGUGCCUGUUCUUUACAUUCUUCAAAUUCAUUUGAUUUUGAAGAAAUUAAUUAUACUGAACUUAGAUUCUGUGAACAUAUUUGUAUGUAUCAAUCAAUUCAGCAGUAGCUUGGGAAAGCUACAACAUUGUUAAACCAUUUGAUGCCAGUCUUGUUGAAAAAUUGGAACUUUGAUCUUUCUCUCGGUUGAGAAUCUAUAGCUGGCAUUUCAA